ACGAGAUAAAGUAAUAAAGAGAAGUUCAAAUACAAAAAAAAAGGAUAGCGAUAUGGGGAACUGUGGAUUAAAUCCAAAAGUUUUGUCAGAAGCCGGAGCUCCGGCGCCAGAGGAGCUUAAUAUUUCACUAGAAGAUCCGAAGAUUGACGCUGCAAAAUCUCUUAUCAAUUUGUUCCUUCAAGACAAGGCAGAUAAGACUAUGAAAGAGGACUUGAAGACAACACCGGAAAAGAUACCGGUUACUGAAGAUCUGAUAACAGCUUUCGCUGACACAAAAACUCCAGUACUGAUGGGGCCAAAAGCUCCAGUUAUGCGUUUGCGGUCUUGAUCACAGUACGCUUUUUUUUCGUUUACCUUAAUGUUUGUUUUGGAUUUUUUGUUUACUUGCGAGUUAGUUCUCAUACCGAACUGCAAACACUAGAUUUGUCAUAUGAAUCGACACGCAUAUUUUCCUAACACACUGUCACU